AUGGUUCAUCCUGCGACGCGAAGCUCGGGUGGGGGCGAAUCCAGUGCGAAAAGAAGAAAGAUUCGGAAGGGAACGCAUAGUUGUUGGGAAUGUAGAAGAAGGAAGACUCGUUGCCAAUAUUCGUCGGCUACAGCUGCUAUAUGCACUGGUUGUGAGGUCCGAGGGACGGCCUGCUUAAGCCAGGAGUUUCCGGACGAGCAGCCCCCAGCUUCAGAUAAGGGGCUAUCACAGCGACUAAGUAGGGUAGAGGGUUUAUUAGAGAGACUCGUGGAGCAUACUGCGUCUCAUUCUUAUACUCCUAGCCAAGCGGGCGAACCCUUUACCUCCUCCGUCUCGGUCGAAGAUGAACCAGAUUCGUCACCCGUUAUGCUUCGUCCGUCUGCGGCCGAGCAUCCCCCCGUAAUAGGUAUCUUCGACGCUCUGCGAGAAGACAAUAGAUCCAGCGCUUCCAUCCAGACGUCUUUUGUGCCGGCCCCAACAUCGACGCAGGUCGAACUAGUAUCCACCCUCCCUGCCAAAUAUGCCCAUAUAUCGGAGACCCUCUAUGCGACGUUCCCAUGCCAGCACGACAUCGAUGCUAUACUAGCGGUAGGCCCCGGUGCGGCAUUCGUCGUAGCAUAUUUCAACGGCUACCAGGGUCUAUAUGAGCCUCCAUCUAUCGUCUCGGAAGUACCGCCUGUGUCGAGCCACCCGGCCUUGUUGGCGAAGCGCUUGAUGCAGCUUACCCUCUGCGUACAGAGAAUAUCUACCCACAACUUUCCGAAAAAUCUCAUCUCGAGAGAGCCGAUCCGGGCUCAGAUAGGCAGAUACGUCAACGCAGUUUCGGACCUUGUUGCUUCUAAUGAUGACCUUGUCGGCUCUGUUGAAGGUCUCGAGAUUCUCGCUCUGAUUUCAUUAUAUCAUGCCAACCUCAUGGGUGCGGCUAGAUGGCCAGAUGAUAAGCCACUGAAGUCGAUCGACCCGCGAUCGAACCCAGCAACUCGCUCCCGAGGUAGUGCGUUAUGGCAUCGCAUGAACUUCUCUGAUCGCUACUUGUCUCUACUCCUCGGCCUUCCCGCCGCCAGCGAAGACGAUUCCUUUGCUAUUCCUGGGCGAAUAGAUGACGACCUUCCAUCAGAUAAGCUUAGCAAACUGCACUGCGUCAUCAGCGGCGCCAUCAUUAAGCGGAAUGCGAGCUAUAAUGGAAAAGGGGCUGCAGCUACGGAGGCUAGCUUUCGCACAACACAAGCUAUCGACCGCAGCCUUGAGGCUGCUGCUAAUUCCAUCAGCGCAGACUGGUGGUUGCCGGUACAACCUCCCGAUACAGCCACCGCAUCAUCAAAAGAUCUGGUAAAUGCCCACAUGCAUGUAAUGAUGCAGAUGAAUCAUCACCACCACCUGCUCACUCUACUUCACUACCGUACUUUAAUCAUUAACUCAUUAAACAGCAUCCGCGAUCCCAAAGAACGCCGCUGGGACUACAGCAAGAAAACAUGCCUCCAUGCCUCGCGCAAGGUUCUUGAAGCCUACCUCGUAUUCCGCCAUCUCACCGACGCAUCCGGAGCCUGUCGACACACAGACUACGGCGCGUUAACGGCCUCCAUGACGCUACUCCUAGGCUACCUGGAUCCGAAGCUGCGAUCACGCGACCCCGAAACAAGCUACCAACGCAAUGCCGACCGCAAACUAGUCCUCGCGGUCCGAGAUGUCUUGCAGGAGGUAGCAGAGCGAGAUGACGACAAGCUAUCGCGCGAGACCUCCGACAUAAUCACACGCUUAUUACCCCUAACGAAUGUCGAUGUGAUAGCCGAUAGCUCUAGUAGCCUCGACGCUCCUGUGCGCCUUGAAAUCCCGUAUCUGGGAACCAUUAAUAUCAACCCAGUCAGUAGGCGGAUACAACAGGAACGGCCUCAGUUCCAGCAGAAUGGUCCCGAUACCACACCAGCACCAAUCGGCUACAGUAACAAGGGAUAUAUAGAACGGAAUCGUCUUCGGGACUCAACCAUAUCCGGAAAUAUAUAUGCGAAUAACAACCUUAAUAACACCCUAAUAGACCCCAGUUUACAGCAACUCCCGGAAGCCUCUCCGAGCUUUUUGGCCUCUCUCGGAGAAGAUGCUAAUUUCUCCUUGAUGCAAUUUGAGCCUCCAGAUCAAUUACCUGGCCUUACGGCAGACAUGGAUGAAUGGACAUUCCAGGGCUUUGACGCUAACUUCUUCGAGAGCCUGUUUUCAUAA